AUGCAGCAAGACGCCAUUCCCUUCUCUCGUCCUACCACUCCUCGCCCAGCCCUCCAGAUCGGAUGGUACGGCCUGGGCGCGAUGGGCUAUUACAUGGCCCGCAACCUCUCAAGGAGCCGUCCCUCGGGUGCUGCUCCCCUCCUCGUGUUCAACAGGACAGCUAGCAAGUCGGAUAAGCUCGUCCAGGAUGUCGGCUCUUCCGCCGCCAGGGCUGCUACAUCCCUUGCCCAGUUAGCCGUAGAGUGCGACAUCGUGUUCACUAACCUGGCUAACGAUGCCGUUGUUGAACAAACCUACAAUGAAUUCGCCAAAGCACUCACACAAGCACCUCCCACCAAGUCCAAGAUCUUUGUUGACACUAGCACGGUCUACCCUACUCUUGCAGGCGACAUUGACAGACUACUUUCCACCUUCUCCCAUUGCCACUUCGUCACAUCGCCUAUUUUCGGUCCUCCGCCUGCCGCCGAUAGUGCUAAGCUCGUCAUCGCGCUUUCCGGUGACCAUCGUCUCAAGAAAGAGAUCGCACAUCUCCUUGUGCCGGCAGUCGGCCGAAAAGUCAUGGACCUCGGUGGUAACAUCGAGAAGGCACCGACAUUCAAGUUGAUUGGCAACUCCCUCAUUAUGGGUGCUAAUGAGUUACUUGCCGAAGCCUUUACUUUCGGUGAGAAGGCUGGGAUCGGUCAGCAGACUGUCCUCAACCUUGUGAAGGACAUUAUGCCUGCACCAGGAAUGGUAGCUUAUGGAGAGAAGAUGGUGGCCGAUAAAUUCGACGGAUCUGUUGGUUUUGCUAUUAACGGUGGUAUCAAAGAUGCUAACCACAUCCGGAGACUAACGGCCGAACUUAACUCACCCAUGCCAGCAGUCGACGUUGCUCAUCAACGCAUGAUCGCAGCCCGUGCCAUCUUCGAGGCACAGAAGGCGGCUGGAACGAAUAAAUGGGACAUCAUCGAUUGGAGUGCGCUAAUCGCCGGAAGUCGAGUUGCGGCUGGCCUCGACCCCUUCGAUAGCAGCAAGGGCAAACCUAUCCCCGACAACUGA